AUGGAGUCUGAGUCGCGAUCUCUUCGCUACGUUCUGAACGAGCGUGAGUACGAGCUCCUCCGACGACAUGUUCUCCGCGUAUCACCGAAACUACGUGAAGCGGGCAAGGACGGAUCAGAGAGACCGAGCGUCGCCAGUGACUCUGAAUCCACUGGCCGACGCGACGACCAUAACGCCGCCGCCUUUCGCUCAGCCUCGCGCGUGUUUGUGGCCACCCUGGGCUCUUUAAAAGCACUCGAUCUCGUUUUGUCGCGCCUUCCAUCCCGCAACACCCAGACCGCGACCCGGUCCAGACAGCCACUGGUGGCGUCAAAGACGAGACUGGCACUGUCGCUCUCCUCUCUUCUCUUCCUGCACACGGUGCUCUUCCGGGUCUUCGCGCGCCUGAGGCUACGGCUACUCCAUGAGAGGGUGCGGAGCAUUCGAGAGCGGUACCCCAAGGUUUACGCGGCAUUGACUUCUCGGAUUGCGCCCGCCAUUGGCGCUAGUCUGUCGGGACUCGCAUUGGGCAUAUGCCCUGCCGACCAGCUCCGAGUGACGGCGGCGAUAUAUGUUGCGUCUCGGGCCCUGGAGAUCGGCUAUGCUGCCAUCCGGCAUACCAAGGUGAUUGCCAACAAGCCCUCGUGGCUGGGAAGUUGGGUCCUGUUUGCUCUGGCACAGGGACAACUGCUACACGCGUUUGUAUUUGAUCGGGAUUGCUUUCCCGAAGCAUACGGCUCUUUCGUUCUCGGCUAUACGCCCGAAUACGUCCAGCGUCGCCCAGCAAGUCUCUCGCCCAAAGUGGUGUGGCCUCGACCGGACGACAUUCUCGACGCCCUAGGCCAGAUGGCCAGCCUGAGAUGGCCGCCUUUUGUGUCGCCCAUCCUCCAGCCUAACAAUCCGAACACGCUGCCUCGUGGGAUUAACUCUGUCAUCUCACCCGUCACGUCUCGGGCGCACCCUGCAAUCCACAAGCUAUCAUGUGCUCUGAUACACCCAUCAGACCCGUCGUGUUUCAUGGCAUACCUGAGGCAUAAUCUGAUCGCGUUUCCACAGAUGGCCAAAUUUUACACCAUAUAUUACGCGGCUUUUGCACUGUUACGAAUCAAAGACUUUGCCAGCUCCCCGCUUGCUUCCGCCAACCGACUGUCCGAAUCCAUUUUGAGAUCGACCAUGGCCAUAUCUGGCUCGAUCGGGGCAGCGUGGGGUAGUAUCUGCUUAUUCCAGACCAUAUUUCCAAGGUCAUUUCUUCCCAAGUUCCGAUUCUUCCUAGGCGGGCUUUUGGCCGGUCUGUUCCAGUUGGUUGAUCGCACUCCUGCGGGGCACAUGAAUGCAUUGUAUGCUGCCAGGACGAGCGUGAACUCGCUGUGGAAGGUUGGGGUCAAACAUGGAUGGUGGAGAGGGAUCCGUGGAGGUGACGUGUGGCUGUUUGUGGCUUCACUCGCACUCGUCAACGUGGUGUACGAUCUCGGCAAGAAUACAGCGGCGACUCAGGAUGGAGCGUUGAAGUUGAUCAAGGUGCUGAGGGGCGAGGUGGAGCUAGGAUUGCAAAAGAGGCAGAAGGGAAACGGGGGGGACGGGGGGAACGGCGAGAAGCAGGCGACGAUGAGUGCGACGUUAAGUGAGGGUACGAUGACCGAGGAGGGACUCGACGGAGAGUACGUUGUGCCAGAGGAUGCGUGA